AUGCCACACUUCUAUGAAGGACUUUUUGAAGCGGACCAAAAUAAUGUGAAUGCAGCUGCAGGAGGAACUAUAAUGACCAAGACUCCAACAGAAUUGCGAGCAAUAUUUGAUCUUGUUGCUGCAAAUGCUCGCCAAUAUAAUUCAAGGCAAAGACCAGUCAGAAAAGGGGAAUCCUAUGAUGUAAGUACCCUUUCUAGUAUGGAAGCUCAGAUUGCAAACGUAACCAACAUGGUGAAGAAAUUGGCACCGGGAUCAUCCAAGGUUUGUGCAUUUUGCUCCACAAUUGGUCAUGACACUGAGGAUUGUCCCUUGGCACAUGAGGAAGCAAAUGCAGUGGGCUCAUUUCAGAGAAAUCAGUGGCCUAAGAAUGAUCCUUUCUCACAAACAUACAAUCCGGGGUGGCGAAAUCAUCCAAAUUUCAGGUGGAGUGACAAUUCGAAUGUUCAACAAGGGCCAACUCAACCAUCUCAAGGGCCAACUCACCCACCUCAAGGUCAACAACAUACUCGCCCACCUCAUGGUCAAAUGCACUACUACAAUCCACCUCAACCACAAUCUACAGGAAAAUCUUUGGAAGAACUUGUUGCUUCCAUGGCUAGAAACACAGAUAGUUUCAUCACUGAGACAAAAAGCUACAUGCAGAGGAAUGACACCCACAUGCAGAAAACGGAUAAGGCCAUUGCCAAUCUAGAAACUCAAGUGGGACAAAUUGCUACAGCUUUGAGUCAAAGGGAACCUGGUAUGAUGCCUAGCCAACCAGUGAUUAAUCCAACUGGGCGUGAGCAUGUUCAAGCAGUUACCUUGAGAACUGGUAAGGUAAUUGGUGAAAUAAAUGGUUCUAAAGAUUUGAUUCACAAUGUUGAUGACAUGCAGGUUGAACAAGUGGCUGGGCCUAAAGAAAAGGAUGAAAGCAACAAAGAGAGAGAUAAGCAAGCAGCUUCUUCAUCCGAGUGGAUCCCAAAGCAUGAACUUGCAAGAAGGGCAAGAAAGGAGAAGGUAAGUCGUGAACCUACUGAUGAAGAAAUCUUACGUGCUCCUUUUCCUCACAGGCUUAUGAGUUCCAAAAAGAUUCAACAAGCCAAGGAAAUAUUGGAAACCUUCAGAAAAGUGCAAGUCAAUAUUCCUCUCUUGGAUGCAAUCAAGCAAAUUCCGAGUUAUGCAAAGUUUUUGAAGGACCUUUGCACCAACAAGAGGAGAUUCCAAGAUCAUGAAACGGUUGCACUAACGGAAGAAGCUUCUGCUGUUUUGCAAAGGAAGCUCCCUCCCAAAUUAAAAGAUCCAGGAAGUUUUACAAUUCCUUGCAUUAUUGGAGAUAAAUUGUUUGACAAAGCUUUACUUGAUUUAGGUGCUUCAAUUAAUCUGAUGCCUUAUUCUGUUUUUGAAGCCCUUAACUUAGGUGAUCUUAAACCAACUUCUGUUAGCAUUCAAUUGGCGGACCGAUCAGUGAGAUAUCCAAGAGGAAUUUUGGAAGAUGUACUUGUGAAAGUAAAUGAUCUCAUUUUACCAGCUGACUUUUUGGUGCUAGAAAUGGAAGAAGCUCCUAUUCCGGGUGCGGAUCUUCCAUUGAUUCUUGGCCGCCCUUUCAUGGCCACUGCAGAUACUGUGAUCAAUGUUCGACAAGGAACAUUGACAAUGACAGUUCAAGGGGAAACAAUAAAGUUCAAAGUAUAUGAUGCCUUCAAACUCCCCAAUGAUGAACAUGAAUGUUUUCAUAUUGAUACAUUGUGUCAUAUUGUGCAAAAUACAUUUAAUAGUACUCAUUGUACAGAUUCAUUAGAAAAGGUGUUGACACAAAAUCCUCAAGUUGUUGAAAUUGUUGAUAAUGAGUUACUUGAGGCUGUGAAAUUCCUUGAUGCAUGUCCAGCCAUACCAC